AUGGCAUACGUCGCGGCACCGUGGAUCAUCGUGCUGCCAGUGCUGCUGGAAUGUAUCCUUUUCCUGCACGCUCUGUGCGGUCCCUCAGAGGCCCAUCGUCACGAUGGGCGGAUCGCGCGUCCCCUAGAGGACACGGAAAUCGGUCAGCUGCUUAACAGCUUGUGCGAGACGAACCGCGACCCAGAUGACGGCUACAUCUUCGAAGAGGACGAUUCCGGCAUCCUGGCACCAGCGAGUGUGGCGGGUGCUAAGGGAAACGGGUCGAGCCCAUCUGGGGCGGACCGCAUCCACAAGCGAAGUCUCAACCAGCUGGAAGUGCUGCCGGUGGCCGACGAUACGAACUACACCGUGUACUACGUAGGCGUUCUGAUGGCAUCUCAUUUGGACUCACCGUUCGAUCUGGAACGUUGCGGACCUGCCAUCGAUUUGGCACUGGAGCUGGUCAACCAAAGUCUGAUGAAAACCCACCAAGUGAAGCUAGUGAAAGUGCAAGCCAGCUACGCCUCUUGUUCCGGGUCCAAGUCUCCCGGGCUGGCCGCGGACAUGCACUUUAAGUACAGCGUGAUAGCCUUCAUCGGGCCAGCCUGUGCCUUCGCCCUGGAACCGGUAGCCCAGCUGGCCGAUUACUGGAACACUCCCAUCAUUACCGGCAUGGGCGAUCAGCCCCCACAGGAAGGUGAACUCUCGGUGACGUCCGGAAUAUUGGGUCGCCUGAGCAACAGGUGGAAAAACGAUAGCUCGGGCAUUUUUAAGGACAAAUCCCGCUACCAAACGCUGACCCGCAUGUCGUACUGCCAGUGCCGGCUGAAGCUGGUGUUUUCGAGCAUCUUCCGCCAGUUCGGUUGGCGCCACAUCGCCCUGAUCAUAGACCGGUCGGAUCUGUUCUCGCUGACGGUCGGCAAGAACCUCGAGUACGGUCUGAAGGACGAGGAGCUGCUAAAGUUCACGCGCGAACUGGACGGCAACGACGAGGAGGAUCUGAUAUCGUACCUGAAGGAUGCCAGCAUGUACGCCAGAGUAAUAAUUCUUUCCGUACGCGGAUCGCUCGUGAGAAGAUUCAUGCUGUCUGCGCUGGCGCUGGGCAUGACGCGCGGCGAGUUCACCUUCCUGGACGUCGAAAUCUUCCAGAGCUCCUACUGGGGAGACCACUACUGGGAGCUCGGGGACGAGGACGACUUCAAGGCGCGCAAGUCGUACGAGGCGCUGCUCCGGGUGUCGUUGCUCCAGCCGACGAGCUCCACGUACCAAUACUUCGCCGACAAGGUGCGUAACCGGGCGAAGCGCGACUACAACUACACGUUCGUCGAGGACGAGGAGGUAAACUUCUUCAUCGGUGCGUUCUUCGACGGUGUCAUCCUGCUCGGCAUGGCCCUGAACGAUACGCUCAACGAGGGCGGUGACAUACGUGACGGUACGGCCAUUACCAGGAAGAUGUGGGGACGCGACUUUGAAGGCAUCACCGGACAUGUGCGAAUUGAUGACAACGGCGAUCGUGACGCUGAUUACUCCAUACUCGACCUGGAUCCAAUUACCGGCCGGUUCGAGGUGGUGGCGCACUAUUACGGUAUUACCAGAGAAUACUCGCCGGUCAAGGGACAAAAGAUACAUUGGCCCGGCGGACGCGAGGGCCCACCGCCGGACGUACCCAAGUGUGGCUUUCUCGGAUCGUCUCCAGCCUGCCAGGGCAACAGUGAAAUGGUGAUCUUUUAUGGGCUCGUCGGAUUCGGCAUAAUCUCCGCGUUUGCCGCGGCCGUCGCGUAUAUCUUGUGCAAACAAAUGAAGCUGAAUAGCGAGCUGAAUAACAUGUCCUGGCGAGUUCGGCCAGACGAGGUACUCUUGGAGGUGGGCAAAAUGUUUGGCAGUAAAAUGGGUCUGCAGAAGCUGAACUACGAGAAUUUUUCCCUACAGCAGUUCGGUCUCAAUUCGGGCCGCGUUUCGAUAGCGUCGGGAAACUCGCAGCUUCCCGCCCAACUGUUCACCACCAUCGGCAUCUACAAGGGUGAACGGGUGGCCAUUAAGAAGGUGGCUAAAAAGAAGGUGUACAUCACGUCGACGCUCCUGUGGGAGAUCAAGCAAGCGCGAGACGUCAACCACGAAAAUACGGUCCGCUUCGUCGGGGCUUGCAUCGAUCUACCGCGCCCGACCAUACUGAUCCUGACGGAGUACUGCCCGAAGGGUAGUCUUAAGGACGUGCUGGAGAACGAGGCAAUCCAACUGGACUGGAACUUCCGAAUGUCGCUCAUACACGACGUCGUCAAGGGGAUGGCCUAUCUGCACAACAGUGACGUCGGAGUGCACGGCAAGCUGCGUUCGUGCAACUGUCUCAUCGACGGGCGCUUUGUGCUGAAGAUAUCGGACUUUGGUCUGCGCACCCUGACCACACCGUCGGAGUACGUGCGGGACCAGAACUACUACAACAAACUGUACUUCGCAGAGCUGCUGUGGGUCGCUCCGGAGCUGCUGCCGGCCACCGUCAUCCCGGGGACGCCAGCCACGCAGAUGGGCGACGUGUACUCGUUUGCCAUCAUCCUGGAGGAGAUAGUGGUCCGCGGCGGUCCUUACGAGACGGCCCGCCAGUUCAUGGAUCCGCAGGCCAUCGUCGAGAGGGUAGGCCAGCACGAGAGUCCUCCGUUCCGGCCCUUCGUGGGCCAGCGCGAUUGCCCACCGGAUUUGCUCGACCUCAUGGAGAAGUGCUGGUCCGACAGUCCCGACAGUAGACCAACGUUCUCGGGUAUUCGUAGCAGUGUUCGGCUGAUCAUGAAGGGCUUUUGCGAGAACCUGAUGGACGACUUGUUGCGCCGCAUGGAGCAGUACGCCAACAACCUCGAAAGUCUGGUCGAGGAAAAGACCGAGCAGCUCAGCAUGGAAAAGCGGCGCACAGAGGAGCUGCUGUACCAAGUGUUACCGCGGCCCGUCGCCCAGCAACUCCUCGCCGGCGAGAUGGUUCAACCGGAGCAGUUCGAGUGCGUAACGAUCUACUUUAGCGAUAUAGUUGGGUUUACGGCACUGUGCGCCCAGAGCCGGCCGAUGGAGGUGGUCGACUUCCUGAACGACCUCUACAGCACAUUCGAUCGCAUCAUCGGGUUCUACGACGUGUACAAGGUGGAAACGAUUGGCGACGCGUACAUGGUGGUGUCCGGAUUGCCGGAACGCAACGGACGUGACCAUGCGCGGGAGAUCGGAUUGAUGGCGCUCGCCAUCCUCGAUGCGGUUAAAUCGUUCACUAUCAAACAUAAGCCGGACUACCAGCUGAAGAUUCGUAUAGGCAUCCACUCGGGACCGGUCUGUGCCGGGGUUGUUGGCCAGAAGAUGCCUCACUACUGUCUGUUCGGGGACACCGUGAAUACUGCUUCGCGCAUGGAGUCCACUGGCCAUCACCUCAAAAUUCAUGUAUCGGAAGCGGCCAAACUGAUACUGGAUAAGUUCGGCACGUUCCGGGUCGAGCUGCGGGGUGAUGUGGAGCUUAAGGGGAAAGGCAUAGUGACCACCUACUGGCUACUAGAGUGUUCCGAACCGGACCCAAGACCGCCAACACCGAUGAGAAACUACAACGAAAGCGAAGUUCCGUUUCCGAUUCUAUUUCCCGCCAUCGGAAAGUAG